AUUGAUAUUUGAUAACAUUUGUCUUUAACGAACUUAAAAACUUGAUCUUGGAUAUGGCGAAUACUGCUCCUUAUCAAGACAAUAUCUUUCUCAAAUCUUACUGAUUAUGUAGAAAAGAAUUCACAAGAAUUUUAUUUGCAAGCUAAUUUUCAUGGAGACAUUAUAUAUACAUAAUACGUAUAUAUGUAUUUUCUUAACAAGGUAUCCAUAUCCAAUAAUGGAGCAUCAGCAUCACCCCUAACCUCCUUCGCCCUUUUUAGGUGUAGAGAGAGAGAUGAUCUCCAUCAUUCAAUCCCAUGUGCCAUUCUCUUCUUUUCAAUCCCCAUACCUCCCUCUCCUCCAUCAAAAACGAUACUGAUCCUCUCUCUCUCAUUAUCCAAUAUACUUUCUAGGGUUUUGAAAAUUGAAAACCAGAGCCAAAGCUAAAGCCGAUCACCUUCACCUACACAACACAUAGAUACCCAUAAUAUAUAAAUCCUCAAUAAGGACACUACUUACCACCUUUCCUUUUUCUUUUUCAGAGAAUAAUAUCAAGCAGAGAGAGAGAAAGACAGUCUCACUGUUCUAAUUGUUCACUGCUCUCCUGCCAUUUUGUUUUCUAGGAGAGAAGUGGUGGUGGGUGUAGAGAGAUUAUAUGUAGAGAAUUUUAGGAGAGAGAGAGAGAGAGAGAGAGAGAGAGAGAGAGAGAGAGAGAGAGAGAGAGAGAGAGAGAGAGAGAGAGAGAGAGAGAGAGAGAGAGAGAGAGAGAGAGAGGGACAUGUUGGCAAUGGAGAAGGAUUUUGAUUCCAAGUUGAAAAUUCAGGGGAAUUCUUCCAAUGGUGGGAAUGUUCAGAGAUCCAAGAGCUUUGCUUUUAGGGCACCCCAGGAGAGUUUUACAAUUCAGGAUUUUGAGCUAGGCAAGAUCUACGGCGUCGGGUCCUAUUCCAAGGUUGUUAGGGCAAAGAAGAAGGAUACAGGAACUGUAUAUGCACUGAAGAUCAUGGACAAAAAAUUCAUUACCAAAGAAAAUAAAACAUCUUAUGUGAAGUUGGAACGCAUUGUGCUCGAUCAAUUGGAUCAUCCUGGCAUAGUGAGGCUAUUUUUUACAUUUCAAGAUACUUUUUCACUAUAUAUGGCACUUGAAUCCUGUGAAGGUGGAGAGCUUUUUGACCAAAUAACCAGGCUGCAGAAAGGUCGCUUGUCAGAGGAUGAAACUCGCUUCUAUGCAGCUGAAGUUGUCGAUGCACUUGAGUACAUUCAUAGUCUGGGCUUGAUACAUCGUGAUAUCAAGCCCGAGAACUUGCUGCUUACUGCAGAAGGACACAUUAAAAUUGCUGAUUUUGGGAGUGUAAAGCCUAUGCAGGAGAGUCGAAUUACAGUUCCUCCAAAUGCUGCAUCAGAUGAUAAGGCCUGUACUUUUGUGGGGACAGCUGCAUAUGUUCCUCCGGAAGUUCUCAAUUCUUCUCCUGCAACGAUUGGAAAUGACCUCUGGGCCCUUGGCUGCACCUUGUACCAAAUGCUUUCAGGAACUUCUCCUUUCAAAGAUGCAAGCGAAUGGCUUAUUUUCCAAAGAAUUAUAGCCAGAGAUAUUAGAUUUCCAGAUUACUUUUCAGAAGAGGCAAGAGACAUCAUUGACCGGUUAUUGGAUUUAGAUUCCAGCAGGAGACCAGGUGCUGGAUCAGAUGGUUACGCAGUACUCAAGACUCACCCAUUUUUCAAGGGAAUUGACUGGAAGAAUUUAAGAGGGAAAACCCCUCCAAAACUUGCACCGGAACCAGGGGUUCAAUCAAGUGAGGGUGAUGAUGCUCAAGAUUCAUCAUGGAACCCUUCACACAUUGGGGACGGUUCAGUGGGAAAAGCUGAUGGUAAUUGUGGUGCUGGAUCAUCAUCCGAAGGGCCUGUCCACAUAACUAGGCUUGCUUCGAUUGACUCAUUUGAUUCAAAAUGGCAACAGUUCCUGGAUCCUGGGGAAUCUGUUCUUAUGAUCUCAUUGGUGAAGAAAUUACAGAAAUUAACCAGCAAGAAGGUGCAGCUUAUCCUCACCAACAAGCCAAAAUUGAUUUAUGUGGACCCUUCAAAACUGAUUGUGAAGGGAAACAUAAUUUGGUCAGACAACCCCAAUGACCUCAGCGUCCAAGUCACAAGUCCUUCACAUUUCAAGAUUUGCACACCAAAAAAGGUGAUGUCAUUGGAGGAUGCAAAACAAAGAGCAUGCCAAUGGAAAAAUGCGAUUGAGGGACUUCAAAAUCGGUAGAAUUUAUUGACAGCUCAUUCUUUGGAUGUUAUGAUAGUGUAGGGCAACAUGGAGAUUCUCAAAAAUUUGAUUACUCCCAGAGAAUUAUUUAUUCAACAAAGGAAAUUUGAGUUGCACAUUGGGAUGUUCCAAGGUGGAAAGCUGCCCCCUCAAUUUGCCCACUCACCUCUCACACUGCUUAAAUUUUAUUUUGUGAUGAGGCUGUUUCACUCAUUCUGUGGUGUAAUCUGUACAGUGUGGAGUUUUAAACGUAGGGUUUGUUGGGGUGGGCUCAUGAGUUCAGUGUGCUGUAUUUGAUGAAAAUUCAUUAAUGAAAUUUCUUUUUGUGGAAUCAUA